AACUUCCCGUAACUUAGACAUGCAUUUCGAUUGUGGAGGAUCGAGCAUCCCACGCAUAUCGGAUCCUGCAGUAUAUUAGAAUGAUAAUUGUUUCCCCGACGGUCUCUCGAUACCACAUUGGGGUACUUUAAUUGAACCCCUCAUUUUGUCCUACUUAUGAAUCUUUUCCCUUUGCUUUACUCGUCGUCACAACAGCUUGUACAUUUGAGAUAAAGUCACCAUAUAAUCAGAAUCGCUGAGGAAUCAAACACUUACAGAAGUAUCACUUGAUAUCCACACAACAUGACCUCAGGCUCUAGUAGUUCAAACGAACCGGCGAAGCCGUCUCCGCAGCUUUCUCCGGAUCUUCCGAGUACUACCACGUACCUAACAGGCCAUAAUGAAGAGGGAAAAGCGAUCAUACAGUCAGUGAGGCCAGCAUCGUGGAAGGCCUUCGAAGGGGGUAUUAUGGGCUUCAACCAGAUUUAUACCAACAAAUUCUUGCCGGAUCUGAACAAUGAUGCCGAUAUAAAAUUCCACGAGGAGAUAGUCGCGGGAGGAAACCUUGGAUUAGCCACCAAAGGCGGAACUGUCUGCCGUAUGGUCGACUUCGGACCGCAGUAUGAGUGUAUGAUGCAUAGAACCAAGUCGCUGGACUUUGGUAUAUUGAUCGAGGGCGAACUGGAGUUGAAGCUAGACGACGGCAGUAUCACAAAUAUGAAGCGUGGUGAUAUAGCAGUUCAGAGAGCAACGAUGCAUUCCUGGCGCAAUCCGAGCACCACUAACUGGGCUCGCAUAGUUUUUGUGCUUCAGGAUACUCAGCCGUUGUUUGUCGGGGGAAAGAAGUUCGGAGAAGACUACGGUAGAGGCACCACAGAUCUUCCACGGAGCGGGAAUGACGAUGAUUAAGUCUCUAGAUGUACUAGAAUUUAGAUUUAGAUGACGCUCUUUUAUAAAGGCGAGGAAAUGGUGAGAAAUGUGUACCUACCUAAGGUACCUAGAUACCUGACUUUAUUAAAUGUAAUAAAGCGAGCUACCUAAAA